AUGCUAGAUUCUGCCUCUGGUCUUUUGUCCCAAACUGUGGAGGAGCACUCCAGUUUGAUGAAAGAACUCUGCACAGUCAAGAGUCUCCUGAAAAAGACUACUCCCAUCCUCCUGAAGCUGAAUGAAAAGGCAGCGGAUGCAUUGAGAGAAAGAGAUGAAUACAUCUCUGAAAGAGACCAAGCUGUUGAAGAGAGACAACAGAUUGAAGAGGAGUUGAACCAAACUAAUAUGAACCUCCAAACUGCCAGAGAAGAGAUUGGUGAUUUAAAUCUGCAAGUGACAAUUCUGACCUCAGAGAUGGGUGUGCUGCGCCAGAAGCUGACAGAACGAGAAGAAGACGGGGUUCAGCUGGAGAGGAAGGUGACUGAGCUGUCUGCCACGGUUUCCUCCACACUGGCCUCCUACACCUUCCUGGAGCAAUCCCUUGCAGCUGAAACCAACAAGUUGCAGGAGUCAUGGAAGGACAUCGAGCAAUCCAAUGAGAGGAUCGCUGAGUUGGAGAUGUCACUGGAGCAGUCGGAGCAGCGCGUGUGUGAGUUGAGUCAGGCUCUGGCUCAGAGUGAGGAGCAGCUCGGCCAGCUGCAGGAACUCUCACAGUCUCAGAGGACACAGAUCCAGCAGCUUCAGGAUGGUUGUACACAACUCGGCAACGUGCAGGAAAUGAACGAGUUCUUACAGAUGGAGAACGAGUUGGUGAGGGAGCAGGUGACUGAUAGUGAACAAAUGCUGAAGUCCAACCUGCAGAGCCUGCGGGAGAGGAACAUCCAGUGUGAAGACCUAAAAGGAGAACUUGGUCAACUUCAGAUUGAGAACAAUAGUUUGCAGGAAGCGCUGGAAAUGACAAGAACCAGAGCCAGAACAACCCAGCUGGAGCUCGGAGAGAAGCUCGCUCAAGCAGUCACAGAAAUCACUUUGCUGCAUCACACACUGCGAGGACUGACCAAUAAGCUUAAUGCAGCUCUUAAUGAGGAGAAAUCAGAACCACAGAGAGAUAAAGAGUCUCAACCAGUUCACAACACGGAGCGACGUCAUCCCUCCAGCUCCUUUAUAGACAGCAUCAUGGUUGCAUUAACCGCAGAGAAGGAAGACUUGAAAACAGGGACAACUGCUGAACCAGUCCCCUCAGAUGUGGCCGAGCCCCAGUGUGACACUCUGUUCAGUGAGACGAGCGCCUUCACCCGAAUUGCAGCCAUCACUCCGAAAAAGAAUUUGAACGCAGUAGAGUUUGAACCAGAAGAGGAGCAGAGCAAUGUGGCGGAGCUGCUGGCUGACCUGGGCGGCACCGUCACAGAGCUCGUCAGCACCCUGAAGUUGUUGCAGCAGCGCAAGAAGACUCAGCUGGAGGAACUGCAUAACACCAUAUGUGGCCUCCAGGUGGAGCAGCAGGCUGCAAACAGGAGACAUGAGGCAGAGGUGUUUGAAUUAAAACAGCAACUCGGCCGUUUUAACAAGCUGGUUGAGAAGGGCAAUCAGGCCCUGCAGCAGAAAACACAGGAUGAAAAAACAAUAAUGAAAUUGAUGGCAGACAUAAAUGAGGCCCAGGACCUUCUAACUAAACACAAGACUGACAGUAAUGUGAGGAAUUACGGAAAGACGUGGGUGAGCUUCGUCGAUCUCUCCAGCAGGCACAGGUGGAGUCUCAGUUCCUGCGGGAGGAGUUGA